AUGCGCUGCAUGAUUGUUAGAUGCUUUUACAUUGGUUUGACCCAAUUGAAGAAACCGGGGUCCACUCUGUCCUCUACUAGUCUAUAUGAACACUUCUUCUCUCACGCACCAAAGAUUCAUCACAACUCCUAAUCCUCUUAUCUUUCGUCUCUCUCUUAUCACCUAAGAAAGAGACCUACCUUGCGUCCCAAGUCUCCACCAAUAAUGCAACCAUCAACCAACAUUUUCAGCCUCCACGGUUGCCCACCUUCGUACCUUUCCCAUUUCCCUACAUCCUCGCCAUUUGGCGUCAAUGGGCAAAACCCUAAUUCAUUCUACAGCUUCCAAAAUAGUAUAAACACUCCACAGUUCAUGAGCAGCAAUUACUCCACCUCGGAUGAAGCAGAGGAGAAUCAGAGGGAUAUAAUCAAUGAGAAGAAGCAGAGGAAAAAAUUAUCAAACAGAGAAUCAGCAAGGAGAUCACGUAUGAGGAAGCAGAGACAGCUUGAUGAGCUUUGGUCACAAGUGAUGUGGCUUAGGAAUGAGAAUCAUCAGUUGCUUCAUAAGUUUAACCGCCUCUUGGAGUCUCGCGAGAAGGUUAUUGAAGAGAAUGCUCAGCUCAAAGAGGAAACUUUUACUCUUAAGCAAAUGAUUAGUGAUAUGCAGCUUCAAAAUCAGAGCCCUUUUUCUUGUUUAAGAGAUGACAUUGUAUAG